AUAAAACCACAAACAAUUCGCGUUGUUGCCACUGGCAACAAUAAACAAAAGCAAAACAACUACUAAUGAAAGUGAAAGGUGCAACUUGUCAGUGGUUUCACUGUACUCAAGAUGACUACAAUGGAAACGGCAACUGGCAGCAGCUGCUAUAAUUACAGUUUGGCUUGUAAAAUAAGAAUAACUAAAUAAUAUGAGAGAUUUGCAAUUUAAUCAAGCUCUGUCCAAUCUAGUGACACCCCAAAGCUCCAAUUUAUUGCUGCAGAUGCUGCUGCAGAUCAAUUUCUAUGUGUCCUUUAUUUGGAGUUGCAGCUAUUUGUUGCACAUCAUCAUUUGGUUGGAUGAACUGUGGAACUACAAAGGAUUAACCAUUAUUGUGGCCUAUUUGUUGGCUGUUUGCGCCGAGUCGCUUCGUCUCUAUGCCGGAUACUCGAUUAAUCUUUGCACAGGUGCGACGACCAUGUGGCUGCUGUUGACGUUGACGCCUUGUGUGCUGUUGCCCACGAUAGUUUAUCUCCGAUUAACUGCCGUAUUCGGGAGUGUCUGGCUAGGCCUCAUCUCGAAUCUGCAGUUCGUGUUAAUAGCACUCGAGGCUCUGGUGGCGCUCAUCUACCAUGCACUGUGUACGUCCAGAAGGGAGAGAAGGCAGCUGGAACUGAGUGCUUAUCAGCUGCAGAAGGAAUGCCAAGACAGAUCAAAGUAAAAUGCAUAUCUAUCAGAGUUUAUGUUUGGCAUUGAGCCUUAAAUAGUAUUAUACAUCAUCAUAAAAUUAUGUAAUUAGAAUAAGCUAGACUAGCAGGCUAA